CGCGCCUACGCCCGCUGCACCCGCCACACCGCCCGCAGCUGCCGCGGGGACCUGGCCUUCCACCUGGCCGUGCACGGCAUCGAGGACCUCAUGGCCCAGCACAACUGCUCCAAGGAGGGGCCCAGCCCGGGUCCCCGCCCCCCACAGCCCCGCAGGGCCGGCUCCCCAGACCUCUGCAACUACGAAAAGGCCUUUGCCCACAAGCGCGGCCGGCCCCCCACCUACCAGCACUGCGCUUCCUUUGGGGACCCCCACGUCCGGACCUUUGGGGACGACUUCCACACCUGCCGCGCGGAGGGCUCCUGGCCACUGCUAGACAACCACUACCUGUAUGCCCAGGCCACCAACUCCCCCGUGGCCAAAGGAUCAGACGCCACGGCCAUGAGCAAGAUCACCAUCAUCUUCAAGAACAUGAAGGAGUGCGUUGACCAGAAGGUCUUCCAGGCAGAGGUAGAGAACCUCCCGGCGGCUUUUGUGGAUGGCUCGGUCAACGGGGGGGAGCGGCCUGGUGGGGACAGCCUCAGCAUCCUUGAACGGGCUCCCGGGCAGCACGUGGAGAUCCGGGCGGCCUACAUCGGCACCACCAUUGCAGUGCGCCGGGCAGGGAAGCAGCUGUCCUUCUCCAUCCGCGUGGCCGAGGAGGUGGCCAGCUCCUUCACCGAGAAGCAGGACCUGCAGCUGUGCGUGGGAGGAUGCCCGGCCAGCCAGCGCAUCUCCCGGCACACCGGCUGCUGCGGCCAUGGCACCAUCGCCACCGAGAAAGCCCGCCGGCUGUGCAAGGAGAAGCUGCCGGUGGAGGACGUCUACUUCCACUCGUGCGUUUUCGACGUGGUGGCCUCGGGGGACAGCAACUUCACCCUCGCGGCUCGUGGCGCCUUGGAGGAUGCCCGAAUCUUCCAUCCAGAUUCCCAGAAGCUUCACCUCUUCCAGCAGGAUGCUGCCCGCCAGGUUGCCACCAGCUCCUUCCUCUGCCUCACCCUGGCCGCGAUUCUGCUACUCGCCUGGGAGAUCUAA